AUGGUUUUCUACAGAAUUACAUUACAGAGGUCAGUCAUUGGUACUCCACAGAAGACUAGGGCAGUGGUCAAGAGUUUAGGACUCGGAAAAAGAGGAUCUGUCGCAUAUCAACCAGCUACACCAUCUAUUGCAGGUGCUGUCGCUCAGAUAAAGGAGCUUGUGAGCGUUGAGCUUGCCGAUAAAGCUUUAAGUAAGGCAGAACAGCGUGAGCUAAGAAAAUCAAAUCCUGGAUUUACUGUCGAAAAGAGAGUAUAG